UAAAAAAAAAAAAAUUUUAUAUCUUUUAAAUCCUUUUAAUUUCAAAAUGGCUCGCAGAUACGAUGCUAGAACUACCAUUUUCUCACCAGAGGGUAGACUAUACCAAGUUGAAUACGCUAUGGAAGCCAUAUCCCAUGCUGGUACGGCUUUGGGUAUUCUCGCGUCUGAUGGUAUUGUUAUUGCUGCUGAGAAGAAAGUAACAUCAAAAUUAUUGGAACAGACAACAACCAGCGAAAAAAUUUAUCUUUUAAACGACAAUGUCAUUUGUGGCGUAGCAGGAAUCACUGCCGAUGCUAAUAUUUUGAUAAAUUAUGCUCGUCAAGCUGCUCAGCAGUAUCUUUUUACUUAUGAUGAGGAUAUCCCCGUUGAACAAUUAGUACAAAGACUAUGUGAUUUAAAACAAGGAUAUACUCAAUAUGGAGGACUGCGUCCUUUUGGUGUAUCAUUUAUUUAUGCUGGCCAUGAUAGUCAUUAUGGUUUUCAACUAUAUCAUUCUGAUCCAUCCGGUAAUUACGGUGGAUGGAAAGCAACAUGUAUUGGAGCUAACAACGCGUCCGCACAGUCUUUAUUGAAGCAAGAUUAUAAAGAUGAUAUUACUCUUAAAGAGGCUAAAGAAUUGGCUGCUAAAGUUUUAAGUAAAACAAUGGAUUCUACUACUCUAAGUAGCGAAAAAUUGGAAUUCGCUACUAUUAGUCUUAAUGAUGAAAAUAAGGUUGUUUACCAUCUUUAUAAACCUGAUGAAAUUGACCUCUUAUUAAAAGAACACAAUUUAGGAGGUCAAGAAACUGAACAAUAAAUAAUAAAAAAUUUAUUUUUCUAAAAAUACAG